AUGCCCUCGACGAUGCCGUCGCCACACCAGAAAGACGGCUCUGGUGGUCGCGACAUCCUCCCGCCGUCAUCGGACGCCACUGCCGCCGCCCCCGUUGCCGCCAUCGACGGACUCGCCCAGCUCGCAGCCGCCGCAGCGCCGCCUUCGCCCCCGACAAAUCGGCCGCCCUCCAACUCGAAACCCUCGCCCCUGGCCGCACUCGCAGAUGGAGAGACGCCGGCAAAGCGGGGAUCCAACCUUGCCUGCCUCAAGUGCCGGGCCAUCAAGGUGCGCUGCUCUAGGGCCAAGCCAACCGAUGUACGCUGCAAACGCUGCAACCGCCUCGACCUCUCCUGCGAGUACAAGCAGCACCAUCGCGGCCGCAAGCCCAAGAAGCGCCAAAAGACGGGCACAGACACCCUGCCAGACGACUCCAACGCUUCGCCCUCGGCCCAGUAUGCUUCCGACUCCGAUGCCAACGGCGACGACCCCUCAAACGCCCGCCCCGACCCCGACUCGCCGAGCGGCAACAGCAAUCACGAACCUGCACCCGAUCCCGGCGAUUCCAUCCACGGCCGGUUCAUCGGCCCCUACCUUUCAGCCAUCCUCAACCCCGCCACCACCCUCUCACGGCGCGAGGUGAGGCCACCGGCCCCAUCGGAUGCAUCUCUGUCUCCUCUGGACCCUCGCCUCGCCUCGUCUGGCUCAAACUCAAAGCAAGGCGCCCCUUUGUCAUCGGAUGCGGCCAGCAACGGCGCAGCUACUUGGUCGCUGGCGCCUUUCGACCGCGAGCCGACUCCUACGAGGGAUGCGGUCACCCAGCGUCUCAUCUCCCUGCGACAAGCGACCGAGCUGUUCGACUACUUCUUCGCCGAGCUCAACCCUCCACUGGCCCUAUUCGAUCCAAACUUGCAUACCGUCGACUAUUGCCGACAUCAACGGCCCCUGGUCUUUUCUGCCAUCAUAGCCACAUCGACCCGGUUCUGCCGCCCUGACCUCCACCCGCGCUGUCAGGCCCUCAACCGGUCGGCGAUGUCGCAAGCGGCGGCCGAGGAGGCUUGCUCCAUUGACCACAUACAGGCCCUUAUCACGGCCAUUACAUGGAAGGACCCGACUGAUCGCACCACCAACCGCAAGCUGCGCCGCGCAAUCGGCUACGCUUUUGAACUCGGCCUGCUUUUCAGCUUCGAAGAGUUCCGCAGUGAGGUGGACAGCAUCGAUGCGGCCAGGACUUCUGCCGCGGAGAAUUCGACUCCUGGUCCCUCGGACGCGUCCACCGCGCAGCAGGGCUCGGGGUCAACCGUUUCAUCUUCCAUCCUUCGAAGGCGCGAGGAGAGGGAUCGGCAGCGGACCUGGAUCAUGCUCUGCCUCGUUCAGGCGGUGCUCAACCAGGGAGACCGCGACCACAGGCCCCUUCCACUUCAGAUACCCCUCCGCUACCAUCCCGACAUGACCACCUGGUACCAUUGCGGCGGCGACAUUACGCUCAACAUCGACGCCCGGCUCGCUUGGUCGCUGGAGACGGUAGCUCUCUUCCACGAAGUUGAUGACAUCGUCGAACUGACCACGCGGAAUCCCAACCCGACAAGUUUCGGUGUGCUCUUCCACACCUUCGGUCAGCGCGCCGACACGAUUCGAAGGCGUUGGUUCAAGGUGUCGAACGGACAGUACCGCGCACGAUACCCAAUGGAUGAAUCCGCAGUCGCCGAGCUUCCUUAUCUGGACGCGCAUCGCCAGAUGUUCCUCAGCGAACUGCACUGGCACUGGUCCUGCAAGGUCGCCGCUUUCAACGAGAAAUCGCUGCAAGCUACGCGCAGCACCCGCGCGGCCGCGGCCGACUUCCUCGCUCAGCCUGGAAUCUGCUUUGCCCGGACCGCUGGGCUUGCGCUCGAUACUCUGCAGCUCUUUGUCACCAACAUCGCCAAGCCCGGCUACCUGCGGGUGGGCCACGACUACCUCGUCAUCUGCGCGAGCCAGGCUGCUAAAUGGCUCUUCCUCUACCGCGACUCGAUCGAUCCGAUGACACUGUUGUCAGCGCACGCCACGCUGCUCGAGAUUGUCAAGGAGUGCUCGAGGCCCCAGUACCUGCCUAGCGGGGAACCCUCCAACAUCGAGCGCGAAGCGCCCGGCUAUCUCGUCCGUUAUGUCGAAGCCCUCAUCAAUGGCGGUCUCAACGCUGCAUUGCAGAAGAUGGUCACUCGACAGGGAUCGGCAUCGAGAAAGAAAACCCUGCCCGCCGAGCUCGCGGGGCAGGGCGACGCGGGAGGGCGUCACAGAUUCAAGUCGGGCUCAUCGGGCUCGGCUCCAUCACCAGGUUUUGUGUCCAGGCAGCCCUCAUUCGGGUCGACGCCAAGCGGUCUUGAGGCGCAGCAUACCCCGGGACAGCCCGUCCCCUCGAUCCCCUUGGCGCCUCCCGAACGCGAACGCAGAGCCGUCCCGACCACGCGUGCAGAAUCAUCAAUGCGCUUCGCUACCGGUAACCCCUGGUCGGACAGCGGCGCGCGGAGCGGUCAGAUGCCAACAGGUUUUACCGCAAUGACCAUGCCCUAUGAUCGCGGCCAUCGGCAGCCUGCUUCGCAACUCACAGCCGCAUACGGCUACGGUGAAGGCACCACCAACGCCGGCGGGUCCCCGGCUCCGUCCUCGCCCUCAACAGCUUCGAGCGCUCGAGUCAUCAACCCGCCGCACCCCGCCUACCUGUCCAACCAGCAGUACCAGUAUGCGCUGCCCGCGCACCGUCCGCUCUCCGGCGGGUCCUUCCGCAACGGCCCGUGGAGCGUUUACGAAGGCGCCGAAUCGAGUCCCGACCUGGGCCAGCAAAUGUCAUCAUUCACCGCGGUCCAGGGCACGCCAACCCAAUCAUACCCCGAUCGGCAGCUGGCACCUGGUCUUUCCCAGCAUUUUGCCACAUCAUCGGCACUGGCUAUGGAUCCUGCCCAGGACCACAACGUGCCCCUGGCGCCGGCAGUUGCACCGUUACCCGCAGACAAGGCAUCGCUGGGCAGCCUGGUCAGCCUCAACGCGCAGGACCUGUCGUAUUGGGACAGCAUCCUCGGCUCGGACCUGUCCAGCUUCAACUGA